AUGGACACUCCCCUUGCUGGCGAACGCAUUGCCGAGGAGAAGGCCUUCGCGGCGCGCUAUGUAGCCGCCCUCGACGCCCGCCCCGUAGAGUACCCCGCCGACUAUGCACCGCCCCUCGACGCGCGUCCGCGCAAGACGCCGGUCCUGCACACCCCCGUCGUCCCGCCACCGGAGGUGGCCGCCGCUGAGUCUUUGCAGGACGCUUCCAUCUCCAUCACCAUCAAGAGCCUCAAGCCGGCCCUCCAAAUCCCCCUGACUGUCUCGCUGUCCGAAAGCGUCGCCGACCUCAAGAAGGCUGUCGCGGCCGCCGAUGCCGCCGCGCCCGCCCCCGACCUCCAGCGCCUCCUCGUGAAGGGCAAGGCGCUCGCAGACGCCAAGCUCCUCAAGGAGUACGACCUGGUCGACGGCGCCGUCAUCAACCUCCUCGCCAAGGCGGCGCCGGCCGCCUCGACUGCCGCGCCAGCGCCCGCGCCCUCCCAAGUCGCCCCGGACAAGGUAAAGGGCCCCGACAGGAUCGCGCCCGCCCGCCCGUCCCACCUCCGCGCACCCAGCCUCACCAUCACCACCACGGACUCGAUGGACAUCGACGCCGAGUUCGCCUCGGACGUGUCCCCCGAGCCGCCCUCGCCCGUCAGCGGCGCAAACUUCCACCGCACGCUCAGCAGCCCCGACUUCUGGCACAAGGUGCACGCGCUGUGCCAGGACGAGUUUGGGAACGAGGCCGAGGCCGACACCGUGUUCGACAACUUCCUCAUGAGUGUCAAGAAUCGCCUCAGCGCCAGCGAGACGGCCAAGAUCCGCGACGAGGUCGGCAUCACUGGCAUGGGUGGGGGUGUGUAG